AUGUUAUGUGCGACCCGUUCAGGAAAUCAGACAUACCGUGCGGCCGAUUCACUUGCGAAAUAUCAGACUCAUUCCUACCCCGUAGAUCGACGGACGGUAGUAGAAUUAUCGCUGACUACGGGGUAUGCAACUUCUGGCAACUCUCGCACAUUUCCCGGGACAAGCAACAUUAUGCGGCUCGUGAUUAACUGUGAUUGCGAAGAAGGAUGGACUCCGUCGACUAGAGUGGUGGUUUGUAAUGCGCUGACCAAGUUUGAUGUCAUGAGAACGGUCUAUUCGGUUAACGCUCGCACCUAA